AUCCCGGGACUCCUUAACGUCACUGCUCGAAGCGGCAGCGACUCGGUCACCAGAGCUGAAUCUCAGCAGAGAUAGCAGCAAGCAGGCAUCUCCUCGCCGCGCAGGCUAACUCGCUUUCGGCUUUGGUUCGACAUGGAGACUCGUUGUACCGUGAGAGGCUCCAGCGCCAGGAACUUUAAGAGUGGAUUUACUCUGUGGCUGAUUCUUUGGCUGGUGGUGGUGAAGCCGGGCGGGGUAUCAGCAUGCCCCAAGUUGUGUGUAUGUUACCCCUCGCCCAUGACGGUCAGCUGCCAGUCCCAGAACAUCACUAUAGUGCCAGCUGGUGUUCCCUAUGACUCACAACGCGUUUUCCUGCAGAACAACCGCAUCACAGAGCUUCGCGCAGACUCCUUUGGCUUCGAGACACAGGUGCUGUGGCUUUAUGGCAACAACAUCACAUGGAUUGAAGCUGGAGCCUUCAGUAACCUCAGGGUGCUGGAGGAGCUGGAUCUGGGUGAUAACCCACUGCAGCGUCUGGAGGGUGGAGCAUUCAGGGGUUUGGAGAAGCUGCAGAGCUUGCACAUGCAUCGCUGCAAGCUGGCUGCUCUCCCCCAUGAUCUCUUCCACAAGCUGUACAGCCUACAGUUCCUCUACCUGCAGGACAAUCAGCUCCACUUUCUGCAGGAUGAACUCUUCUCUGAUCUGGUCAACCUCACCCAUCUCUUCCUGCAUGGAAACCGCAUCCGCGCUCUCACUGAGAACGUGUUCAGAGGCCUUGUCAACCUGGACCGCCUCCUUCUCCAUGACAAUCGCAUCAGACAGGUUAACCGACGUGCUUUCCGUGAUCUGGGCCGCCUGACCAUCCUUUACCUGUUUAACAACUCCCUGGCUGAGCUGCCAGGCCAGGCCAUGAAGGAUGUCCAAGAUAUCCAGUUCCUACGUCUGAAUGGUAACCCCUGGUCCUGUGGCUGUGAGGCCCAGCCCCUCUGGGAGUGGUUCCGCGAGGCCCGCAUCUCCUCCUCUGAGCUCAUGUGCUCAUCUCCUUCUUCACGUCGUGGCCAGGACCUCAGAUUCCUGCGGGAGCUGGACUUUGCUCUCUGCCCUCUGCCUGAUCCCGGCUCUCUGGCUGGAACCACGACCACCACCUUCAGCACCAAAACCCGCUGGUGGUUCUCCAAGCACAAGCCUGCAUCCUCAUCCAAGGCGGCGUACCAGAAGACGAAAGAGACAGUGAAGGCCUUCCCGUUCUCUGCUGUCAAGCCUCAGUUCAUUCCCAAACCCGCCAUUGAAACCUUCCCUUCCAAGUAUGAACUGUCAGCCGAUGAGGCGGCCCUUCCAAAGCUGGACCAAGAAGAAUACUGGGCCAACUAUGGCAACGAAGACUCCUCUAUCCGCUGCUAUGAGCUGGACUGCCCCCCAGGCUAUGAAAACCUUCCAUUUCCCUCAUCCCACUCCUCAACCUGCACCAUAUCCGUCCUACAUCUCUUCUCCCUCUCCAUAAUCACAUUCUGCCUCCAUCUCCUGUUUGGCUGAGCUCUUCAGUCGUCCACACCUUUUUAUCCUUUCUGAUUCUUUCCCUUGCUCUUCAAACUCUUAACAAAAACCUGGAUCUUUUCAGUCACCUCCAGACUUCCAGGAGGUUCUACACUGAUGCAGGAGACAGGCAGCAGGAAGCUGUUUUAUAAAGCAGAGAUAAACUGAGCUGAUGUGGAGCAUGGCAGGAUUUCAAAGAUGAAGUAGCUGCUGCUUCCUAGUUCAGGUUUUAACAAUCAGGGUUGAACCUGUAAUGUGAAAUGACAGGGAGAGGACAAAACUUAUCAGGUGACAUCUCCAGAGGUUUUUUAUCAUCUCAGCUGUCAACAGUGCAGGCGUUUUAUCUACAGCUGUCUAUACCAAAACAUGCUCGCCAUCCAAUCAUCACUAAGAAUCUCUAACUAGUUUCUUUCUUCAGGAGUAAGAGUGGUGUUUGCUGAUGGGUUGUUCAGCACUAGCAGAAGUAACACAGAUAAUAGCAGGCUAGGAAAUUAAAUAAAGGAAAAUCAAUACACUAUAAGCAGCUCAAAGAUAUUCGUCUGUAGGCACAAAAGGACACAAUCAUUGUUAGGUUCACAGCCAAGACAAACUCUUCUCACUGCUUCAAAUUCAAACACAGAUGCCAACAAACCACCACCCACACACUGUCAUCAUCCCUGUUCAUGCACUCAUCACAAUCUGAUCUCCAAAGAAGACAAGCUUCGUUUUUACCUCUCAUAUUGGUACCAUUUAGUUAGAGACAGCUUGUGUUAUUAGAGGAGAUAUGUAGAUUGUAAGUGGAAGGCACACGUAGAAUGUGGAAACCCCUUUCACCCCCUUAGGUUUUCCAUCUUGUCUCUACCUUUUCAGGACAGCACAUCCAAGCUCCUUUAGCACACGCAGAGACAAGCAUGGUGUGAUGACAUGAGGAAGACUUAUUGAUUUGUUUGCAUGAUUGAGUUUCUGUUGUGUGAGAAUUAUUUACUUGCUGGAGACUUAAAAAACUCCUUAGAAAGCCAGCAAUAUAAGGUCUUAAAUAGGGUGCCUGUAUGCUUGAAAAACUGUGGAUGAAUUUAGGAUUCUGAGUAUAUUUUUUAUCAUGUUUGGUACAUCUGACAGUUUCACCUUAUUUCAAUAUCUUAUACCUGAUUUUUUUUUUAAUAUUGCAGACAAAGUGGAUAGGAUUUAACCUUGUUUUAUCAAAAUACCAGACUCUGAUCUGAAUUACUCAUGGAGGCCAUUUGGUCCAUGUCAAACCCUUCAGUUAAAAAUCCAUAAAUCAACCUGAAAUAAAAGGGAUUCUGCAUAAGAUGUGAAAGAUGUUAGAUUCUGUAUUUUCAGUGGAAAAACUUGUUUUAAAGUGCUUUGCUUUGUAAAAAAAAAUAAAGAAACAAACAAAAAUGAA